AUGACGUUGUUAUUAUUAUUUCAAAUCGUCCAAUCCUACGAUUUCGAAAUAACUUAUAAUGAUCCCGAUAAAAGAUUAGGAUUUAUGAACACAAAACAAUCAGCUGAUGGAAUCAUGGUUUUAAGAUACGCACGUUAUCAUAACGAUUCUUCCAUAAUCAAAUCGUUUAUUGUCGACUAUCCAAUACCAAAUUAUAAUCUUUGUCCGAAUGAUAUGAUCGAAUAUUAUAUCCUAAACAAAGAAUAUGUGUUAGUCACGUAUGUCGAAGAAGCUCCUUAUGACGCUGGUUAUGCGUAUGAUUUGUAUGGAUUGAUUGUUAAUAUUAAUGGAAAAGUCACAAAAAAGUUAAAGUUAGGAGCUGAUUAUCAACAUAAAAUUGCAGUAAACCUUGUUCCAGAAAAUGGUUUCAUAGCAAUUGAUCGUCCAAUAAAUACAUCUAGGAGUUGGCAAAUUUUUAGUCAUCCCGAUCCGAUAACCGGCGAUGUCCAACAAAUUAGUAGUGGAAAACUAGAGUUUACAGAUAAGGUUGGAAAUGAGAAUAUCAACUCUGCGAUACUUUCUACGGCAGAAGGUGGUUACGCAUUGAUUUCAGUGACAAAAAUAAACCUCACGCAUUCAGAUGAUACAUACUACGAACCUAAAUGGUCUGUGUAUGCAACAUUCAUAAAACCCGAAUUAAAUAUAGUCCCAAGACCAUAUCUGAUAUAUGAAACAGCCGAAAUUUUAGAUUCGCUAGAAAUACAAAAAUGUAAAAUUGCUAACAAUGGCAUUGGAAAUGUUUGUAUCUUGCAUUUUCGGAAAACUGUUAUUGGUGGAUUUCUUGUGACACAUCUCAAAAAGGACGCUAUUACAGGUUAUUUGGUGGAUGAUGAUGGCAAAUUUGUAGAGAAUUGGGAGGGUGUGAAAGGUACCAGUGUAAAUAUGGGAGUAUUUUAUCAUAAUAAUACGGUGUAUGGAAUUGUACAACAAAAAAAUAAAAAUGAAAUUAAAAUUUACGCAAAUUUCCUAAAAAAAUCUCAAGCAAUAAAUCCGAAUUUCCAAAACUCCGUAAUAAAUUCAACCUUUCCCGAAAUCAAUUCCACAACUCCUCUCACCACACUAUCAAUCACCUAUAAAAUUCCGGUGACGUUAUCCACCCAAAAUAUCACAGUAUAUAAAUACCCCGAAAAUGGUGAUGAUUUAUCAUCGAUGACUAAUUUUAGACAAACGUUUUCAGCAUCGGCAGGACUUUGUAACCUGAGUAAUGAUAAUUAUACUGUUAACAUAACAGUGUUCCCGAGUACAUUUAAUGAGCCUGGCUCACGAUAUUUUGUGGUGAUUAAUGAUAAUUUUGUUAAAUCUCAACCAGAAAAUGAACCACUCCUUGGUAUAUCGAAAUUUUAUUGGACCUUUACACUGGGGUCACAAAAGAAUUACCCAAUUUCAAAAGAAGAAGCGACAGGAUUACUUUGUUUGACAACUGAAGGAACAGAAGUUUAUCAAAGUUAUGAUGAUCCUGAUGAAUUUCGACGACUUUUAAUUGAACAAUUAUCUAGCGUAAUUCCGAUUUCUCCAUCAAGAUUGAAACUUUCAUCCCAUACACAAAUCGAUUCAACGGCUGCCAAAGAACGAGUGCUUUUUGAAUUGACAAUCACUUUGAAUAAUAAUAAACAGGAAAAGGAUGUUGAAACAAUUAUUAAAGAUUUAAAUAGCUUGAUCGCGAAUAAAGAUUACACGGCAAUUUCUAAACACAACAUUACUCGUUAUUUGGAUAGUGAAAAACAAUUUGUAAUUAUACAUAAUAAUAUUUCGAAAAAAUCAAAUAAAAUUUGCAUUUAUAUAUUAAGUGCAUUUGGUGGAUGUUUUCUUGCGUUAUUAAUUAUUUACUUGAUUGCAAGAAAUAAAAACAAAGAGAUUAAAUCCAAUCGAGAAUUUGCCAAAUGGUUUCAAAAAUAUUCAAGAAUAGCAUCAGUGAUUACAAUAUUAUCAAGUGCCGACGUUGAAAUGUUAGAAAUCUUGGAUUCUAAAAUCUUCAAUUUACAAGUUUUUUCAGCACCUUUGUCGUCACAGCAAAGGGGUCUUAAACAUCAGAGUUUAUUUUUUUAUGGUGGAAUGAUGAAUUUAUUUAUUGAAGAUAUUCCACAAUUUAUUAUUCAAAUAAUUUACUAUUUGAAUACGACAACAACUGACAUUAUUCCUUUCAUGGCUUUGAUCACUAACGAGCAUAAUAAUAGUAGCAGCAGCACCGAUAAUAACAAAGGUCUUUCACAUAAUUAUUCAAAGUUUGCACGUAUACUGUCAAUUGAUAAUCCAGAACUAGUCAAGGAAUUAAUUGAUGAGGAUGAUGAAGAUGUUAAAUCAUUGAAGACAAAUCUUUUAACUAGAGAGUUGAUAAAUUUGAUUAUGAAAUAUUCAAAAAUUCAAAUACUUGAUUUGGAUUUUGUUUCUUGCUAUUAUUCCUCUUCUUUAUCAAAUCUUCUUUAUGGUUGUUUUUCAAAUAUUAAGGAAUUGAAAUGUUCAAGUAAUAACCAAUCAGAAUUAUUGAAGGCAUUAAUAAAUUCAACAAGUAAAAGUAUUCAAAUAUUAGACAUUAAUAGUAUUGGAUAUAAGGAUGAUAAUAAUGAUGAUUUGAUUGUUUUAUUAAAUUCACAAAACAAUAAAUUCUUUUUUCUUACACACACAACAGAAUAUAUUAUAGAAAUGGGAAAUUUCAUUACUUUGAAUGGUAAAAAUCUUCAAACUUUAUGUAUUGCUGGUUUAUCCGAUUUACCCCCUGCAACAGAUGCAAUCAAACAUUUAUUGAGUUCGAUUGGAGAAAACUGCAAAAAUCUGAAACAUUUGUCAAUAAUCUAUGAUAAUAGUUUAGAUAAACAAUUGCUUAAAAUAUUAAAAUCAUGUGAUAAACUGGAAGUCUUCUCAUUACAUCUAAUUGAUAAUGUUUUAAAUUUUGACAAGAUUAUUAAAGUUCUGUGUCAAGCAUCAACAAAAAAUCUAAAAUUUGUUUCUUUUCAAGCAAAUGGAGUCAAUGAAUUUACUAUGAUUAAUCCAUUAUUAGAUUUUUUACAGAAAAAUAAUAAAAGUAGGAAAGAUUCUCUUCCUACUGCUCCUCCUUUUUUUUUAAGAUUCUAUAUUAUAGGAUUUAAUGAGGAUUUAAUGGAUAAAUUGGCUCAAAUUAAAGAGUUGGUGGAUCUGGAUUAUAAUCACCAUAGCUUUUUUCGAGUUAGUGAUGUUUUAUUUAAACAUCCUUACUCCACAUAA